CUUCAUAUAUCAUUAAAGACUACUUGAGUUCAAAGAUGUCGAAAUACGUUGUCUUCUAUAGCACAGCGUGCAUCUUUAUGAGCGUUACCAUGACAUUGAGUAAUGGAAACAAAAUUGAACUACCAGCGGAGCUGCAAGGUAAAGAUACUUUUGAAGGUGAUAUGAAGUUAACGGCGGACCAAUUUACUAAAAUUGAGGAACGGAUAGAAGCACAGAAACACAGAAUAGAAACAAGAAAAGCCUAUGCUAUUUUGUCUACACGUUGGGAAGAUGCCAUUGUGCCUUAUAGAAUCGAGCCUGAAAGCCAGGGUGACACUGCUGUAAUACUGUCAGCAAUUGCCCACUGGGAGAGCAAAACCUGUAUUAGAUUCCCGCAAUACGAUCCCGCUGAGCACACGUCAUUCAUAAGCUUCACAAAACAGGACGGAUGUUGGUCGUAUAUUGGGAAGGUCUUUACUGGAGCACAGGAAAUUUCCAUUGGAAUCGGAUGCGAACACUUGGGUACUAUUGCACACGAAAUAGGACAUGCAAUAGGGUUCUUUCACGAGCAAAGUCGCCCGGACAGGGAUAGUUACGUUAUCAUAAACGAGGAUAAUAUUAUAGACGGAUAUGAGGAUAACUUCCAAAAAUACGACACUGGAACUAUUGACACGCACCAAGUACCGUACGACAUUGGAUCUUUGAUGCAUUAUGGAGAGAGGUAUUUCAGCAAGAAUGGUCUAAAUACAAUAGAUGCAGUUAAUCCAGCUGAUCAAUCAAAAAUGGGCCAACGUGAUGGUCUUUCUGACGCUGAUAUUCUGUUAGCUAAUUUAAUGUACAAGUGUCCAGGAGUAUCAGGUGAUCCCCACAUGAAAACAUUUGAUGGACGUCCAUAUACUUUCCAAGGUGUAUGCUGGUAUACUCUAUUCAAAGACUGUUUCUAUCAUAAACCUGAUUUUGAAGUCGCCGUCAAGUUUGAGCCAAGGGGUGACAGUACCACUGAUCAUUUCAGAACAAGAGCAGUUGCCUUCAACGUUUCGGUCGGGAUGGAGUAUGCUAAUGUUAAUGGACUGGACGUGAUAACAGGGAAUAAAGGGCACGACACCGCCGCUAGAUCAAUCCGUGUUCAAAAGGAACAGAACGUGGUUAUAUUAGAAUUUACAUCCAAUAAUACAACAUUUACCUUGGAAUGGGCUCUGAGGAAACACGCCUUAAAAGUAAAUGUACAAGGUGCUACAUACAAUGGACGACUAUGUGGUUUGAUGGGUAACGCCGAUGGUGACACACGUAAUGACUUUCAGACACCUGAUGGUAAUGUUGUACUUGACGCUGCUGAGUUCGGAGAAAGCUGGGAAGUAAAAGGCCAAACAUGUGAGUGAAAAGUUUAUCAAGCCAGAAGAUUGGAACAUGUUUAUUUGCAGGAAAGACUAGCACCGAAAUAUGGAUAGAUUCUCAGCAAUAUAACCUAAAGCAUAUGUUGCAAGAUUUGUAAAUAUAUUAGUGGGUAUGAUAUAACAGUGUGUUGGUAUUAUUUUGGGUAUAUUAAACUUAUGGUACAUAUAUAUAUAAUUAGUAAAAUAAAGAAAUGCUAAUGAA